AAUAUCUACACGGGGCAAAUAUCAUUUACUUUGCUUACAUUAUUUGGAAUGUGGAAGCCAUUAAGUUGGAAAUUACAAUGGCAAACUUGGUUGUAUCAUAUCUUUUCUGUGUUUAUGAUUACAAUAUAUUUGACAUUUAUAAUAAGUCUCUUUAUGCAUUUCGUUAAAGUAUCUCAACCAAUUGAGACAAUAACGGAAAAUUUAUUUUAUUUUCUUUGCAUUGUCGCUACUUUUAUUAAGCAAAUUUCUAUUAUGAUAAAACGAAAAACUAUCGUGGAAUCAAAAGGAAAACUUUUGAAUAAAUUCUGUAAGCCCGAAGAUCUUUAUGAAUCUGAGAUAUUACUAAAAUGUUCUCAGAUAUGCAGAUCGAAUACAAUAAUUUUCUUAUUUUUGGUGAACAUAACUGCAAUAUCAAUAAUAAUUGGUCCAUUAAUAAAGAAAAAUAAUAUUGUACUUCCUUUACAAGCAUGGUAUCCAUUUAAUCUUAAUUCAAAAUGGAUUUUUUGUAUGACAUAUUUACAUCAAAUAUUAGGAUUAUUUAUGGCAGCCAAUACUUCUGCCUCAGUUGAGGGUUUAACUUUGACAUUUAUGCUACAAAUAUGCGCACAAUUGGAAAUAAUUAUUAAUCGAUUACAUUUACUCAGUAAUUUACCAAAGUUAAAUAAUAUAAUUGAGGCUGAAUGGAUAAUUAGUAAACGAGAAUCAAGACUUAUAUCAAAAUGUGUAAAACAUCAUAUUCACAUGUAUUCAUUGGGACAAAAAUUAAAUGAAAUAUUUGGUUUAGUGAUAUUUGUACAAUUUUUUACAUCAAUGAUUAGUCUUUGUGCGACUAUUUAUCAAUUAUCAAGAUUAAAUUCACAAAAUCCAACCUAUUGGAUAAUGGUGACAUCAGUAAGCAGUGUGAUAAUGCAAAUUUUCCUCUAUUGUUUUUAUGGACAGAGAAUAAGUGAAAAGAGUACAGCCGUUGCAGAUGCAGUUUAUUUAACAAAUUGGAUUGCAUUAACAAACCGAACAAAAAAAGAUCUUAUUUUAAUGAUGAUACGAGCUACAAAACCUAUACAAUUGUCUGGUUCAUCUGCUAUUGUUAUGUCUAUAAAAACAUUUGUCAAAAUUAUAAAAUCAGCAUACUCGGCAUAUAAUCUACUAGCAAGUACUUAACCCUUAACUGGCACAAUUCAAACGUAAAUGGCACAGUGGGUCUGCUGGACCCGACGUAUUAAAACGUGUACUGUACAGCCGGUAAUGAAUAUUUUUGCACAAAAAUUU